AUGUCAACAAUAAUAAAGUUUGAACUCAAGGACCUUCGUAAAUUGGCAAACGAUAAAAAUUCCUGUGUUAUUGAACGAAGAGUUACUCAAAACAUACCCUUGCAACCAUGGUGUCUUGGUAAUUUAAAGGACUCUAUUAAGAACCUUUUGGAUUAUAAAAUAGGAAAAUUCGACAAAGAGUUCAAUGGAAUACUACUAAGUUAUAAGAAUUUACAAAUAUUGCAAAAUUUAGGCACAAUCAGAAAUGAUAACUCUGACAUCCAAUUCCAAAUACAAGCAGACUAUUUUAUUUUUUGCCCAUUUAUUGGUGCUACCUUAAGAGGGAUUGUCAACAACAAGUCAUAUACACAUCUAGGUGUCCGUGUACAUAGAGUAUUUCACAUUGUUAUUUUAAGACCAACAGAGGAACCUGGAAAUGAAUGGAUAGGCACAAAUAUUGAAGAAGGCCAAGAAGUUGUCUUUCAAAUAGCUGCCUUAGACCUCUAUGGAGCUCUACCCUAUAUUAGAGGGGAACUGGAUGAAAGAUGGUAUAGAAACUUAGAGGCUGCUGGUGAUGAAUUGGAUGGUACAAAAACUAUUAAGCCCUUAAAUGUUUCUUAUGUUAGUAUUGAAAAAACAAAACCAGUGCAAAAAGAAGCUGAGGAAAAGCCAAGUGCAUCACCAAAACUGCCCAAUGCUAGUAACCAUGGCAAAAGCAAUUCUAUUUGUAGACAAAAUGGGGAUAAUGAUACUCUUAGUGGUAUAUCUCCAAUAAAAAAUAAAACUAAACGUAGUAAAAUGGGGGAUUAUGAAAAUAAACAAAUAGAAUCAAAUUCAAGGGUUAAUAAGAAGCAUAAGAAGGAUGGAUAA